GUGUACAACGCCGUCAACACAACUGAGCUGUUUUCCUCUUAAUUUUUAAUUAUUGUAAUACAAACACGCUCGCAGUUAUACACACUUAGAAAAGGCACAUCUCGUGGAUGGUGUCCAGGAGUUCAUUCAGUUAGUGACAGUUCUUAGUUCAAGGUGGACAUAGAAGAGCGAUGCUCAACGGCAUGCAGGCAUCGCAACUGAUAUUUGUAUUACUCUUUGCAUAUUCCCACACUAUCAAACCACCUGGAUAUGUAGAACCGCAGAAAGACGGAGACCCGAACCCCCCAAAAUACGAAUAUGGGUACGACAUAGUUGGCGAUAAAGGUGGACACCAGGGAAAACAAGAACAACGGGAUGGCAUUUAUGCGUCUGGAAGGUAUUUUGUUGAAAACAAAAAUGCAAAAACAGACGUCCAGUACUUCGCAGAUGACUGGGGUUACCAUCCUGCUGUAGAAUAUAGCAGCGCAGGACCACACAGCAAAUCCAGCACCAGGUUUGCUUUGGGACACGAAGCCGUAGUUCAACUUAGAAAUAAAGAGAAUAACUUGCCCCAACUGCAAGGACUGCCAGACACUGGACCAUUAAACAAAGACGGUGCUAGCAAUAUCCAGAGCCAAACCAUUAGACCAAUAAUUCAACCAAGCCCACAACCACCCCAACAAUUACUUCUACCAUUUCCUAGUCAGCAAACAGUCAUUCAACAGAAUACAAUCAAACAAGAUCCGCAAUUGCCGUACGACCCAUUCAAGCAGCAAUACAUUAUACAAGAACAACCACAACAAGUUAUCCAACAUGAACCUCAACAGCAAGUGUUAAUCCAAGAACAGCAGCAAGAACAGCAACAACAUCAUCAACAAGUUAUUCAACAUCAACAACAAGUUUUGAUCCAAGAACAACAACAAAAAGAGCAACAACAACAACAACAACAUCAUCAACAAGUUAUUCAACAUCAACAACAAGUUUUGAUUCAAGAACAACAACAAAAAGAGCAACAACAGCAACACGAGCAACAACAGCAACAGUAUUACCAACAACAAGUUAUCCAACAUGAGCCUCAACAGCAAGUUUUGAUUCAAGAACAGCAGCAAGAACAGCAACAACAACAUCAACAAAUUAUCCAACAUCAACAACAAGUUUUGAUCCAAGAACAACAACAACAAGAACAACAACGGCAACAUUAUCAGCAACAACAAGUUAUCCAACAUGAACCUCAACAGCAAGUUUUGAUACAAGAACAACCUCAGAUACAACAAUACGUUCAACACGAACCCCAACAGCAGCAGGUUUUAAUACAAGAACAACCUCAACUGCCUGUAGUUCAACAUGAACCUCAACAAGAGCAACAAAUUAUAAUACAGCAUAUACAACAACCAGUAGAAAAAGUUAUUUUUCCUCAACCUACACCAACUCCAAUUGUUUAUCAAAAUCAAGCACCUCAACAGUUAUUGCUGAAACAACAACCAAAUGUUUUAUUACUAGAUCAACAAAAAUUCGAAAAUAGUGCUCAUAUUCACCAGAAUCAAAUAGUUGCGGAAAAAUUAGUACAAACAGAAGAUCAAGCUAAUGCUGUGUCCUACCAACAGUUUGGAUUAAAACUUAAAGGACGUAGACCAAAUAAAUUAAUCCAAAGCACGCAACAUUUAGUAACAGGACAGGACGUUCUUGACAUCAACAGUGCUGUUACUCAGUAUGAAGAAACUAGCAUACCAUCUUCCACUCCUUACCCGACAGUUACAGAGUUCACAGUUACAGAACCUAGUUUUCAAGCUCAACCUAUUGUCGUCGCUGAUGCAGAAGAUAAUAAAAUAGUAUCCUCCACUGAACGUUAUAAUCUUAAAGAAGAACAACUAGUGUCAACGACUGCCAGUACCAUAGAAUCGGUAUCAACUACGUUUGAAUCUACAUCUCCAUUAUCUACAAUCGUAGUUACUCCUAGACCAGUUAGUACAACUUUCUUAGCACCCAUCACAGCCGGAGUGAGGCUGGAAAGCACAGAACAAUACGAAGAUAAAUAUAAAUUAAAUAAACAGAAUGUACAAGUUGAAAUACAGAAAACUGUUCCGUACUAUUUAGGAAAAUAUGAAUAUCCAAUAUCGCAAGAUCAAUAUCUUAACAACCAUAGCCUCGUGGAUCAAAAAAUAAGACAAGAUAUUGAAUUAGGUAAAACACUACUUUAUUUCCCUGGUCAAGUGACAACGCCAAAGCAAUUGACAGAAGUUGAUAAUCACAUUAAUUUACAACAACUUCCAAAUCCUGUAGUGCAAAAUAAUUUCUUGGAAUUGGACCAACAAUUAGCACAGGGUUACCAACAUCAAAUUUAUUAUCAACAAUAUCCUAUAAAAGAAACUAAAGAAGUAACUAGACUUAUACCACAACCAUAUCCAGUGAAAGUCCCAUAUGAGGUUCGAGUUCCAUAUGUUCAACAAGUUUCAGUUCCUGUAACUGUAGAAAAGAUUGUGGAGAAACCGGUGCAUAUUACAAAAGUGGUAGAAAAACCUGUUGCUGUUCCUCAACCUUAUCCUGUGGAAAAAAUUAUAGAUAGACCAGUACAUAUUCCUGUUCAAGUUACUAAAUAUAUAGACAGACCAUACCCAGUUCAAGUUCAGGUGCCUGUACCACAACCAUAUCCCGUUGAAAAAAUAGUUAAACAACCUUACCCUGUUGAAGUAAGGGUACCAGUCCAUAUAGAUAGGAUUGUAGAGAAGAAAGUACCUCAUUAUAUUGAUAGACCAAUAACGGUGGAGAAAAUUGUAGAGAAACAAGUACCGCAGUAUAUUGAUAGGCCGUAUCCAGUUCACGUUAAAGUUCCUUAUCCUGUCGACAGGAUUGUUGAAAAGAAAGUUCCCGUACCUCAUUAUAUAGAAAAACAAGUACCAGUAGAAAAGAUAGUUGAAAAACAGGUGCCUCAGUAUAUUGAUAGACCGUAUCCUGUUCCCCAACCUUAUUAUAUCAGAGUAGAAGUUCCAAGACCUUAUCAUGUACAACUACCAACCAAAUUUAUUCAGAAACAAUACUAUACCUUACCAAUACUUAGGUACCAUAACAUAAAUUAUGGAGGAGUUCCUCUAGCACCAAUAAAACCAUUACAAACGCAAUUACAGUCUAAUAUAGAUUCCCAAGUUCAGUCCAGUUACAAUUCUCAUGUACAAUCCAAUUUACAUUCACAAGUUCAAAGCAGUUACUCAAACAAUAUUAAAAAUGUAGAUCAGGUCCAGUCGGAAGGCUAUUAUUAUCCCAAUCCAUAUUCCUAUGCCCCGCAAAAUAAUUUUUAUUUGCCACCCAAAAAGGAAGUUGUACCGAAUAAUGGAUACUUGCCUCCAGAGAUUAAAAAUUGCGAUGACGCCGUUGCUCAACAGACGAAACAAGACAACUACAUUGGGCUUUUGCCGCCAAAAAUUGGUAACACGUUAACCAAAUUUUUGAGAAAAUAUAGAUCGGCUAGGUCGAAUUUUGACGAUAAGAGUGUAAAGAUGGAAUAUGGGUUUAUGCCUCCCUUAGUACCUUCCUUGGAAAUUGACGAAUACGGGAAUCCGAUUGAUAAAGGAGACAAGUAAAAGCAUAAAACUGUGAGAAAAAUAAACUUGCCAUAUUUGAGUAGAUAUAGUGAAAUUUGGUUACCCUUUACAACGAUACCUCAUGAUUUGAGUGAAUUUUGUUGUAUAUUCGGGAAAUUUCGAUGGUUUGGAAGAUUAGGUUUUAAAUAGAUACAUAUUUAUUAGUAGUGACUGAUGUUCUCAAUAAAUUAUUUCUUUUUUAUCAGUGCAAAUAGAUUUUAUAAAUUAGGUUUAAGUUUUAUUCACUAUUUAUACACUCUUUUCUGUAAUAAUCACUGCUCAACAUCGUUGCAAAUAAGAUUUUUUUUUUUGGUAAAAGUCGUGUCCUUUCUGUGAUCGCUCAUCUGACAGGCUCUGUUUUUUCUGUUAUUAAUAUGUUAUUUCGUAUAUUAUAUACUAACCACUUCUUUUUAUCUUCUCAUAUGUUUUUAUUUGUUGUAUAAAUGAUUUAUAAGUUUAUUUAAAAUAUAGAGAGUACCUACAUG